CAUAAAAGUAAAACACGCUCUUCAUUCCCUUUUCAUCUUUGUUUUCUACCUAACAAAAGUGAAUAAAGUAGUAUUAAGUUCUUGGAAUUAUUCUACAUGGCUCCAAUGCAAAACAACCAAAUGUUAUUACUAGGUUCUUCUAGUUCAUCAGCAGCUUCUACUUCCUCAUCAAACAUAGAGAAUUUUAAUUCUCAGAAUCUGUUUCAUGGUGCCAACAACAAGGACAAAAUGAAAGCAGAAACCAGAAUUCAACAUCAUGAAGCUAAUAACAUUUCUGAGAGGGGAGAAAAAGUUACAAAAGGAGACAAGAAGAUCAAAAGGCACAGAUUUGCAUUUCAAACAAGGAGCCAUGUUGAUAUACUCGAUGAUGGGUACAGAUGGAGGAAAUAUGGGCAAAAGGCAGUGAAGAAUAGUAAAUUUCCGAGGAGUUACUACAGGUGUACUCAUAAAGGCUGCAAUGUCAAGAAGCAAAUCCAACGCCUUUCCAAAGAUGAAGAGAUUGUGGUGACAACCUAUGAAGGGAUGCAUUCACAUCCACUAGAGAAGACUACUGAUAGCUUUGAACAGAUCUUGCAACAGUUACAAACACCAGCUCCCUCAUGAAGUACGCCAUGUCAAAAAACAUUGCAGAGUGUCUCAAUGCACACAGUUUCUAAUUAAUGUACUGUUCUACUAAUAUGUUCAAGUGUAUGCAUAGCAUGUAAUAUGAGAUGAAUAUGGAAAGCAACCGAUCUUAUUUGUAAAUAAUUUAUCCUAAACAUGAAAUUGAAACUUUUGAAGAAAAGAAACAUCAAUUCAUCAA